AUGAGUGACUUAGAGUCCCAGCAGAGGAGAGGGGGACGUCCACAUCAUUACAGACGUACACCACACCAUAGUCACCGGGAAGAGGCCCACUCCCCUCACCACUAUACCUGGAGCGCCAGCUACACGCCAAACCCGGACGGAGAGACUAGGGCCCGUCUCCUCCAGUCUCCACAAGUGGAGACGCUGCUGCAACAGACAAGGUGGGCGUGGGUGGACUAUGCCUCCGUACAAGGCCCUCUUAAUGCAGAAUUGUACCAGAGGGCGUUCAUGCGUACUGGGUCUGCCAUGUACGCCCUCUCUGUCCGGUCUGUCAUCUCUGCCUGUCUGCCCCCUUGCCCUCUCUGCGAGGUCACCCCCAGAGGAACUGGAAAUCUUCUGGGACUAAACUUCGAGCUCAGGACAUCACUGAGCAGGAGGCCGAAGGCCACAAGAUGGAGGACAUGUUCAUGGAUCCUGAUCGUGGUCGGCCAUGAGGUCCUCAGGGCGCUGGUGACCGGGAAGUGCCUUUAUGAGUGUUCCCUGGUGAGGACAAACUGUGGCUUUGUGAGGUCUGCUGCUGGUGGAGCUGAAGGACAGCUCCACAGCACGGAUACUCUGCAACCACAUCGCUGCUCAGGCUCUAUGUUCCUGCCCCACUUGACCUUCUCCGACCAGUGGACGACUCAUCCAGGCCGAGAUCUCCAAAGGUCUCAUGAGAGCCACCUGAAAACAGAGGUGGCUGGUAGUGAGACGUCCAUCGAAGCCACCUGA